GCCGCGCGCGGAAGUUGCGCAAGACUCUGACGGUCUCGAAGUUUUUCGGACAGCAGUUAUCGGACAAUCGAGCGUUUGUAAACCAACAGUGAGUCCGUUAAAAGCGUUUAAAAUAGCGUGAAAAGGCACGCUUGGUUCUGUCAGGCCCAGGCGUGAUCCAGCGCGUCUCACCAUCUUUAUUCCAAGCUUAGCCACUAGAGGCCUGCUCUUGAGGGCGAGGCCUGAGGAAGAUGUCGUCCGCCGGCCAGGCCUCCUCCCGGCGGCAGUGGUGCUACCUGUGCGAUUUGCCCAAGAUGCCGUGGGCCAUGAUAUGGGAUUUCAGCGAAGCAGUGUGCCGCGGCUGUGUCAACUACGAAGGUGCAGACAGGAUCGAGUUUCUCAUCGAGACAGCACGGCAGCUGAAGCGCAGCCAUGGUAUACAGGACGCCCGAUCUCCCGGGCCGCAGUCCACGAAGCACAAGGAGGUUCCUGUAGAGCGAUUCGAGAGAGCUCGCGGUGAGUAUGGCGUGCCAACGAGGUUGCCCAACGGCCUGGCACGGCCCGAGGAGAGCGUGCACCUGGAUGCCAGCCGCCAAAGCCCCAAUCCGAGGAGAGCCAUCGUAGGGGCCGUGCCUCCCAGUUUGUUGGCACAAGGACUAGUCAGUACACCCCAUGGACUCUUGGCAACCGUGCCGGGUCGUCCAGUGGGCGCCUCUCUGAAUAUUGCUACACCCCUUUUAAAUGAUUUAAGCAAACGUCCGGCGCAGAUGGGAUUUGGAACCUUAGUGGUAGCUGAUUUUGACAAAGAGCCGAAAGACAAGCAGAGGAAUGCAGAGGUCCUGGCCGAGCUGGCAGACAGCACGAGGAACCGAAGCGAAGAGUGGGCUGGCCGGCCCAAAAUGGUACGGGAGACACUGAUCACACUUUCCAGUUGUACCCCUUUCAACGUUCGCUUCAAAAAGGAUCACACACUGGUGGGACGUGUCUUCUUGUUUGAUGCCAAACCUGGCCUGGAAUUUGAGAUGAAGAUCUUUAUUGAAUACCCCAGCGGUUCCAGCAACUUCUUUUCUAGUCUGCUGAGCCUGGCCAAGCAGAUGUUUCAUGACUGCAUGAAAGAUUCCAGUAAAGUGAUCAAUUCUGGCUUUAAAUAUGUGGAGUAUGAGAAGAGGCAUGGCACAGGAGAAUGGCGGCUCAUUUCUGAACUAUUGACUGAUCAGGUGCGGGUAUUCAAAGAGAGCCCAGUCCCUGAGCUUCUCCCUCAUGCCUAUAUUGACAAUAACUGUGCCAUUUUGCCAACAGCAUUGUGCCCACUUACCCGGAGCUUGACAGGCCGUAGCACAGGGCGGCGCAGAAAGGCUUCUCCUGAACCUGAGACUGCAGACGGAAUGGUGAAACCACUUGGGGACGAUCCACCGCAGCAGAAGCAGCAUUGGCUUCCCGUAGCAUCAGCUAUCUAUGCGGGGGCACCUCACUUGCCAAUUUCAAUGACUGCAUCAGCUGGACAAUCCAACCAGCCAUCCUUACAGGAAGGGGUGGCAUCCCACAGUGAGCAGUCUCCCAUAACUGCUCUGAUGAGUGUGGCGGACAGUUUGGGGGCCAACCAGUCCCCGAAGGACUCUGUUGCAAGCAGCAUGGUUUCAAGACAGAGCAGUGGCAGCCCCUCAUCUUCAUCUUCUCCAGCAGGACAGCAGCGGCGCUUAGCUUCACGAAGUGGAGAGCAGCCGUCUUUUCAAGGAUCCUCAAACAGCAGUAUCCCUGCUGGUCCAGGUUCUGAAUCAAGUGCUGGGGAGACAUCCACUACUAGCAGUGUCCCCCUCUGCUGUACUAUCUGCCAUGAAAGACUCGAGGACACACAUUUUGUCCAAUGCCCUUCAGUGCCAAGUCACAAAUUCUGCUUUCCAUGUACGCGGAAUUUUAUAAGGGCACAAGGAGUUAGCAGUGAGGUGUAUUGCCCCAGUGGGGAUAAGUGUCCCUUGGUGGGCUCCACUGUACCUUGGGCAUUCAUGCAGGGGGAGAUUGCAACCAUUUUGGCAGGUGACGUGAAGGUAAAGAAAGAGCAGGACCCAUGACUGUUUGAAACUGGGUUUUGAGAGACUCAUUUGAUAUCCAUGAACUACUAUUGCAGCAUAUUAUGUGGGUUCAGGGGUUCCUUGAUUGUUAUGUCAUAAGUGUAUUUUAUUUAAAACUGCUGGAUGCUUGGCAUAAAAAAGGCAGAAUAUGUAGUAAGAAAGGUAAAAUCUUUAGACGUGUGAACAGCUCCCGACAUACAGGAGGAUGUUAAACGUUUGCAGUGAGUGUAUUGUACUGCCCAGUCUUUUGUUGGGAAGCAACAGAGGUUUCUUUCUUUGACGAUACCUCUGUAGAAUAUGAACUGAAAGUCUUAAUGAUGUGUGGGAGAGAGGUGCCCUGAUCAGAGCAGUGACAGUCAUUCUGAUGAAACAAUGCCUUAGCCACUCUAAAUGCUUCUGGUCCUGCAAGUUAAAUGAUGUUGCAAUAAUCACAUUGCUAUAGAAUGGCACUCUUCCCCCUUCAAUGUGCAGAAUACUGAGGGAUACAAUAUGUCACUUUCGGGAUUUGGUAGUGCGCAUGGCAGACUUCAGGGGUAACACCCGUUUACUUAGAUCUGUGCACAAUCUAGUCCAAUCACAUCAGUAAACGUAUAUAUUUCGGAGGGGUCAGGGUUCCAUAAUUGAUAGGUCUACCCGUGCUUUAUUAUGCUUCAUUGCCCCUUGCUUUCUUCUUCCUCUUUUAUAUUUGAACUAAACUUAAAAUUGGUGAGCCUGAUCCCCCUUUGUGUUUUUUCCUCGGUUCUUGUUGUAAGUUUGGAGGGUUGGUUCUUAGGCUUUUCCCACCAAACUAUUGUAAUUUGAAUUAAAAUAUUUUGCAGCCUGCUCUCCGAGCCAGAUGGGUAUAUGUGGUCUGACAAAGCCCUUAAUGCUGCCCAGUGCAAGAUAGCCUCCGAGGACCAAGAAGGCAUCUCCUGUUGUAUAAGGCUCUUUCUUCAGUUAAAUUUAUAUUUUUAAAAGAAAGCAGUUAGAUUUUCUUUUGAUGGUUUACUCCAAAGAGUUCUGCCAUUUUGGCAGAUUUUUUUUUUGUUUUUUCAGUUAUCAGAAGAGAGUAAUUUUAGAAAGCACUUGUUCUCGCUGUCAGCAGGGUCACAUUGCACUUUAAUUAUGUGGCACACAAAGGGAACUGUAGGUGCAUGGUGGGCCUGAGAAGACCUGUUUUGCUUUGUUGAGAUUUUUUCCAAGCACAUUACCAGCCAUUGGCACUUGUUUGUUUUGGGGUUACUGAUGUAAUCUUUACUUAAAUGAUGGAGGAGACACCGUAUAGAGGUUUCUGAUUUUGACCCAUGAUUGUCAGACUUUGGUUUCAAAUCUCUCAGUUUUCUACAGAAAUAAUUAUGUCACUCGAGAAUUCUCGUCUUAUGAUGAACAUUGUUGACUACAAUUACUUAAUCAGUUAUGAUAAUGGUUGACAAUUUUAUCUAAGGUAUUAUUGAGGAAGUUACAAACAGUUUUUUAAUAAAAGUCCAUCCAUGUUGGAAGAUGUUAAUGUAUAGCAGGAACACGUUCUUGUCCCUAGCUGAGUCAAUUUUGACUUCUCUGUCCAUUUCAUGAAAUGAUGCCUUUACUUCCCUUUUCCUAUGCAUUCUCAGUUUGACCAGACUUUCUGUUAGUGGUGUACUUCUGGCAGAGGCUUAGUGCCUACGGUAGAAGUCCGUUUUUGGUUCUUUUUUCCCUUCUUUCUGCUUUGUUUUCAUGUUGUAGUUUCAAUCAGCAUUACAGAUGAAGGAGUAAUAGUUAUUCAAAGUUGAUCUAUCACAUUAAAUCUUGCUUGGUUUCUGCUCAUCAUUUAAGGUAGUGCUACACAACUCGGAAGGGUGCAGGCAGUUUCAGUUGGUAAACCCUGGAUGGGUUGAAAUGAAUGCUGUUACAUUUUAUUAGAUACUUAGGUCAAAGUCUUAAACUGACUUCCCGCUCAUAGAAUUUAGACCUGCAGGAGUAGAGAUGAGCUAAGAUCAUAUCUGCCAGCUUAUUGUUUGUCCAUUUGAGCAAUGCUGAACAGCUCCUUGCAGUGAGGCUGGGUAAAUGAACGUUUGUUCACUGUUAUUUUUAUGAUUGUUACUCACCUGGUAUAAUUUUGUGAUGCUUAAUGUAUAAAUAUUAACAGCUUAUUUUCUUUUUUGGGAGGAAAAAAGUAAUUUUUAAGCACAUUUUAAUAAAAAAAAAUUCUGUAUCUUUCUAAUUUCUGUGUUCUUGGUAAAUGGCAUCAUUCUUUGCUUUUGCUUUUGGUAUGUUAGUACAGUGUAAAGUGAUUGAAUAUGGACCCUGUAAGGAAGCUGUUACAAUAACCAACACAAAGGAGCAGCACACACUAUUAACCAUAGCAAAUGUAAAGGUACAGCACAUACUAGAGUUUGUUUGUUUUUUUCUUGUUGACGAGUUUACAUUUAUGUUUCUAACAUUUACUUUUUGUCCUUGUGUGGCAUUAUAAUCUGUGGGUUAAUCCUCCCUUUUCCACUAGAUGGCAGCACAACAAAGUUCAUUGAAAAGAAUUGAAUAAAUGGGACUUAACCCUGAAAA